AUGGAUGGCAAACCUCCUGACAACUUCAUCACCGAUCAGGAUGGUGCAAUGAGGCAGUCAAUACAGAGCAUCUUUCCAACCACCAUGCACCGCUGUUGUCGAUGGCACAUCAUGAAAAAGGCUCAGGAAAAAGUUGGUUGGCCGCUGUGCCGGAAUCCAGGACUCUCUGAUGAUUUCAACAAGUGUGUUGACUUCAGCUUCACUAUAGACGAGUUUGAGCAGAAUUGGGCUGGGUUAAUGAUGAAGUACGAGGCUAUGACACACACGCACUUUGAGAAGUUGUACAAAUACAGGUCAACUUGGGUGCCGUGCUACUUCAAACACAGGUUCUUCCCGUUCCUACAGUCUACACAGCGUAGUGAGGGGUUCAAUGCCGUUCUGAAAAGAUAUGUGAACCCACACAACUCAAUGCUGAACUUCGUCAAGCAAUAUGAAAAAAUCUAG